GCCGACACCGAUCUAGGUGGGGAAGGGGAAUCGGCACCCGCCACCGGGUUGUGAGUGCGCGGGGCAUCUCGGGAUCGGCGCGUUCAACAUGGCUGCCCCACUUGGAUCCCGCCGUGUGCGACGAAAAAGAGCACGGGUACAGCUAUAAUGGCGGUGGCACUGCGUCGGGCGACGAAGAGGAGGACGACAACAACAACGUGUCCAGCUACAGGAUCACUAUGACCAGCGAAGACCUCCUCCAGCCGGGACAUGUCGUCAAAGAGCGGUGGAAAGUGGUGAAGAAGAUUGGCGGUGGUGGUUUUGGAGAGAUCUACGAGGGCCUGGACUUGGUAUCGAAGGAACUGGUGGCUCUCAAGCUCGAAUCCGCCAAGCAAGCCAAGCAGGUCCUCAAGAUGGAGGUUGCCGUGCUCAAGAAGUUACAAGGUCGCGAGCACGUGUGCCGCUUCAUCGGGUGCGGCCGCAACGACCGCUUCAACUACGUGGUCAUGCAGCUUCAGGGCAAGAACCUGGCCGAACUGCGCCGCUCGCAGCCCCGAGGCGCCUUCUCACUGAGCACCACGCUUCGGUUGGGGCUGCAGAUACUGCGCGCUAUACAGAGCAUUCACGAAGUGGGAUUCCUGCACCGAGACGUCAAGCCGUCCAACUUCGCCAUGGGCCGUACGCAGCACUCGUCGCGCAAGGUGUACAUGCUAGACUUUGGCCUGGCGCGGCAGUACGUGACGACCACGGGCGAAGUGCGGCCACCACGAGCAGCCGCCGGCUUCCGAGGAACUGUUCGCUACGCUUCCGUGAACGCCCACAAGAACAAGGAGAUGGGGAGGCACGAUGACCUGUGGUCCCUGUUCUACAUGCUGGUCGAGUUUGUAAACGGGCAGCUACCUUGGCGAAAAAUCAAGGACAAGGAACAGGUCGGCCUGAUGAAGGAGAAGUAUGACCACCGGCUCCUGCUGAAGCACCUUCCGUCGGACUUCCGCCAGUUCCUGGAGCACAUCUCGUCGCUGGACUACUACGACCGGCCGGACUACCCUGUGCUGGCGGGGCUCUUCGAGCACUGCAUGAAGCGGCGUGGGGUGCGCGACUCUGAUCCAUAUGACUGGGAGAAGCCGUGUGCGCCGGUAAGCACUACGGACAACGCCACGGCCCCGCCUCCGGGAGCCACCAUCGCCACUGCUCCGCUCAUUUCCAAGGGGCCGCAGCAAGGGAGUGCCCUGCUUCCGGGAGGCACGGAACACCUUUUGGACGACAACAUCAUGGCCAGCUACGACGAUCGAGGCGACGACAUGGUCCCGGAGUACGACGGUGCGCCAGCUCCGGCGCUGUUGGCCAAGGACACACGUCCCGCUUCGACGACGCUGCGAAGUCAUCAUGGGCCGCACAUCCUCCCCCACUGGGAGGCGGCCAAGAGGGAGGUUGACAGCGUUCACCAAACGCCUCGGGAAUUGCCCUCCCACCAGACGGCGCUCACGGAGAUCAACAAUAGGAAUAACAACAACCCGUCCCGGGAAUGCCACUUGGCACCGACCCCUAACAACGAGAAACUGGCAAAGGACAAGAAAGCAGAUGUGUCGUCUGGUGCCGAGAACGUGGACGAAAGACCUCAACCGGCGCCUCGCAUCAUAGUCGACACUGGCACUGCCUCGGCACGGGAUAGCCCGUCGCGCGAAGAGCGUUCCUUGAAGAGGCCGCAGCUGCCGCGUCUGCACAUCGGCGCGACCGCAAACCUUCCCGACAUGGUAGCUAACGUGGGCCCCCAAGAAGCUGCCGCGCAGCCAGACACUGUCGAUCUGUCUAAAGGACCUUCGCCCCUGGACGAAGUGCUGCAGAUCGCAGCUGCCAAGCAGCAGCUCCCGCAGUCAGUGAGCACACCUCCGACAGACCCCAAGGCCAGCAACCAGGAACAGCGUCAGCAGCACCGGAGGCUGCACCGAAGGCCGUACCACCGAGACGUCUCGCUGACGCAGUUUGCGAUGGCUGACGACGACAACAUAUCCGCGAUGCAGCAAGUCACCAAGGGAGCCGCGGCGGCCAUGACGCUCGCCUCCAAGUGGCAGGCAUCUUUCGACGACAGCGAGGAGACCGACCACGACGAAAUGGACGAAAACGCGCCUCUCGCCUCGCCCGACCACCGGGCGGUCAAAAGGGACUCGUCCGCUUACGCCCUGGACAAGAUGGCCGGAAGGCCCGCAGCCAAGCACACCGACGACGAGAGAAGAAAGAGGCUCGAGGAAGGCCGCAUGGUGAUACAGGAGGAUGCGAAGAAGCCCGUUCGCCGUGCCAUCUCGCAGCCGGCCGACUACCGCAUCACGCUCGCGGGCUUCCCUCUGCAGGGUCCCGUACCUCUGGGGUUGGCGCGCGUCUGGAGCUGCCCGUCGAUGGGCCAGCACAUCCGGUCCCACCUUCAGCCACCGCUCAGGCAGCAGGCUUCAUUUGACGACAACGUCUACGAGGUGGACGUGGCUCGGAACGUUGCUGCUCGGUGCAGUGAGGACGCCGAGGAACGCCGAGCGUCGCUGCCUUCCAUUCAUCUGCGGACGCCCGAAGAAGAGAAAAAGGAGCCCGCAACCUCGCACGUGAGGGAGGAGUCUGUCACCGAAAGCCGAUCCGUACAGCGGUCAGCGAGCGCCAGCGGCGUGCCUGCACCGAAAGGGAUCCUUAAGAAGCCCUGCAUGGAAAGGUCGCCCUCGCUCGGAAGCCGCCGGGACGACUUCUCGACGCCCGGACAUCAGGCGGACCAGACUUCGCGAACGUGGGCAAACCACGUUCUCACACGGAUGCACUCGGACGAGCCUUCCAUCUACUUCGACGCGCCGGCGGCGCCGUCGAUAUCGCGUGAGGACCGAUGGUCUAUGGGCAACAUCGGUGAGGUGUGGCGGGCCUGCAGGCGGUCGGGCACAGAUGCCGAUGACGAGAACUCCAAGGACGAAUAUGAGACGCCGCCGCGAGACGACCACGUGUCAGUGAUCAGCCUCUGCGAGCUGCCUGAGGCCUUCCGGCUCAUGGGACUUCACGACGCGCCUCCCACGAGGCGAGAGUCCACGCCCGACGAACGGCUGCAUAGGCCCGCUUCGGUGGGCAGCAGCGAAGAGCUUCCCUCGCGAAUUCCGGUGGCCAGGCGAAGCAUACUGGCGCGGCGCCGGCCAAAAUCCAUGAUCGAGCAGGGCUCCCUGGACGCCUCGCGCGAGGUGCAGCGCAGCAACUCGGCCGGACUGGUGGUCAACGGACGCGCCAGGCACCCCGGCGAGCGCUGGGGUGGAAUACUCCAUGUUCCCGUGGUCGUCGAGGUGAAGCCCACCAUCGGUGUGGACGACGGUGACGACAGCGCUGGAGGUCGUAGCGGGUGCGCCGAGUCUCGUAUCCCACGACCUCGGGUCAGGCAGCCCGAGAGGCCUCGCCUUUCCGUGGCACCCCUCAGCCACUCAGCGUCGGCAUCCAUGGUGCCCGACGGACACUGGAGGCCGCACGAGUCGCCGCAGCCGCCGCCCGGGAACCCGCCGCCCAACCACUGCGUGCCAGCAAGGAGGCGCCGGUACCGGCCGUUGUCACCGAGCGACCUACAGAUGACCGGCAGCGAGUCGUCGCGCGGGAACUCCCCGGACUGACCACAUCGGCCAGUGCGUGCCUGCUGUUGCGUGUGUGCGUGACCAUGCGUCGCCUUCUGGCGGGAGCCUAGUGGCCGCUGUGCGAACCCUGGCGGCAGCCGACCGUGUUUCCCCUUCUGCGGUUUCUUUGUCUUCUUUAGUCAGCCGUGGAAAUGGACGCGUUUCAUGAACAACAAAGAAGAGGGAGGGAGAACGUUGGGCACGGGGGAGUGAGGCAGCCUUGCGGACGGUCAUCGGUGACCCGUUGAGUAACAUCGCCGAGACUUUCCCCCGUGAUCUCUCCCGCCGGCUUGCCUCUCCCAUCGCCGUCAAAAGGGGCAAAAAAGUUUUGUCUUCAAAGAGCAGCCCCCGCCAUUUAGGAAAUUUUAGGUUUUAUUCUCAAUACAACCGAACUAAUGUA